UUUCAAACUUUUCUUCCAAACUACAGAAUUUUCGAAAGCGUCUAAAAUAAGAAACAAUUUGAAUAAUGCCAGCCACUAACUUCACUUAGGGAUCGGACAGGAAUUGGACAAGGCAGAGACAAAGUGCUUUACGUUAAAGUCGGAAUUAAAUUACAUUAUGGGUGUUUACCGGAACGUCCAAACGGAGAUAAAGGGCAGUAAAGAAACGUCCGACAUUUCGCCAGCGAUAUCGUCAUUUCAAAAUCCAGGCUCGAAAUCUCCGAUCGAGCAUAGUGAUUGUAUCAGCGAAAUUGCAGGCACCGAAACUGCAAACUGUAAUGUCCCUCGGGGAAAUCGUAGUGUUGGACUGAAGGCUGAAAAAAGUUUUGACACUUUCAAUUUGAGCCCGAAGUCUACUCGGUUUUCGCCCAGAAGAAGCAUCGACGACAAUGAUAUUGUCGAGAGGUCCGAGAGUCUGAUACAGGGACGGCAGAGAGGACUACUGAAUGUUACGAUUACACCGAGGUCUCGAUUGGAUAAGAAAUUUCCUCGUUCGAUAACGACCAUGCCGACUCAGGACGAGAACACGGAAGUAGGCGUACGCGAGAUUAUACGUUUUACUUUUUCAUGUACGUAUUCUCGUACUUACGAGCUCCGUAACAAAUAGGCGGAUAGAGAAUAUAAAAGUUAUUACUUCCCGUCGAGUAUGUCCUCCGAGAAGCUGACGACGCAAGCGGACGAGGUUUAUCCCCGCGUAAAGCCGCACUGCGCGAGAAGAAGCGAUGAAGAUAUCGACGGUAUAGUUGAUCCGGGAUUUAAUUUAUUCGGGGAUACGCCGAAUGUCGCAAAAGCCAGAAGAGUGAUGAAAAGUAGCUCAAGGACGGGGAGAAGCGAGAUAAACUCCGUGUACAGGACGGAUAACGCGGUAUCUAAAACGCGGAAGAGAAAGGCCAAGUUACGGAGUUCGGUUUCCAAGAGCACGGUUACCACCAAAGACACGGGUUUCGUUGGCAGAAAAGAAGCGAAGAGACGCCGGCACAAAGGCAAUGGUGUUGCGCAACGACAAUUCAAUCCCCCAAAGCAGCCGAAGAAAUUUAAUGACGUUGUGGAAAUUUUUCACAAUACUAGAGUGAAGGACAGCAAUUCCGGGGUGUCGAGUAAGCACUCUAAAGUCAGUGGCGUCAAGUAUGAAGAAAAACCGCAUCUUCCUGAGGCCGUUGAUAGGAGGAACCGAGAGGCAGCGGUGCCGAGUCCGAGAGACAGGUGCUCCGAACGUGUUAAUCGCGAAGAUCAAUCCUACAAUAACAAAAAUGAACAAGCUCAGUGUCUUCAGGCAUUAAACUGUAAAAAUAACCCGGGAGCGACGCCCGAGGUUGCACAGGAACAAGACAAGCUGGAGAAGCAAUUCAGCGAUCUUGGUUCGUCGGCGCGGGCUGAGACGCGACAGUGCGAGCGCGCUUUCAACAGGCAUGACGAUCCGAUGUUCAUGCCCAGCUAUGAGAUGCCGACUUUGGCGUCGAAAUUAAAACGCUCGGGCAGAUCGUACUUCAGCAGGUUCAGCUUUCGGAACAUCCCGUUCGUGGUGGGGACCUCGGUGACCCCGAGUCACAACCUCGGAUUAAAUAUACAACAAGUAUUGAGCGUGAUAAAGACGAGGCAGCCGAUCGCGAGCGACGUCACCCCGUCAUUGAUCCGCAAAGUCAGCCGGGGGAUGAGACCAGUGUCGAUUCUUCUGGACCAGAUGAACGGUCAUUACGAGGGAUCGCUUCUCAACGUGAGCCCGCAAACGACUGGGACGUUUAUCAGCGGGGAGAACCUGGACCGUGACAGAAGAUUGUCCGCGUUUAACUUGCAACACGUGGGAAAGACGCAAGGCAGCUGCGCGCCGAAGAUGUCCGGCGAUGCAGAAAUGACUUCUGAAAAAGAGAAUAAUGUUAGUAACGUUUCUAAACAGCCUCGUAAAGAGAAAGGUGAUUUCUGCGAUCGUCGGACUAAAGCGCGGUCCUCUUCCGUUAUAAGCAAGAGCAACACGCUGGCGAGUUCCGAAGAUCAGAAAGGAAUUUCGAGGGCAUCGUUAAAGGGUAACAUCGGCGAUCACAAAAUACGUAUUCCCGACUCGCACAAUUCUAAGGAGAUGCGCGACGUUCUGAUCAAUCUUCACAAUCAAUUCGAAGAGAUGAACACAAAAUACGAGAGACUGCAGUCGGAGGUGGACAGGUCCAACGAUACGUCCUUGGCGAAGGAAUUGUCCGCUUUGGAAAAGGAGCUCAAUGCCAAGGAAGAAGAAAUCAACGCCGUCGUCGGUCUCUACAAAGAAGUAAUGACGCUGAAGCGGCAAAUGAAAAUGCUGCACGAAAGAAACAGUCUGGUAUGCGUCGCGACCGAGUCGGUCAAGGGGGCCUUCAAGGAUCCCUUCCCCUUGUCGAUUGUACCUGGAAAGUCCCAUACGAUGAAUCCGGCGCAGAUCGUCGAUCGAAGAGGAGUUUACAAUGCGACGCGAGAACCGCCCGCUUCUAUGCAGCUGGCUGCGUUAUUGCGGCAGAUUCAGACUUUUCAUAAGCAGCUCGUGUCGUAUAAUGUCGUAGAGUCGAGUCACGGAAAUCGCGGGGGAAAAGGCUGGCACCAGUCAAUCUCUCCUUCCGCUCGGUGGUGUGAAUGACACGCAUUUAACGGGAACAAUUUAACGGGGGAGGUGUUUCUUCGCUUCCUUUCUUCUUUAGGGGCAAUAAAAAAGAAAACGAACGUUUCCAGCAGAUCAUAUUUCCAUUUUAUUCGAUUCUGCCUGCUACCCCAUAAUAAUGUGUAUUAUUCGUUCGCAUGCGUGAAUGGGUUGUAUGUAAUUCUGUAUACGCAGCUCUUCGUCUUCUGUGUGUGUGUGUGUGUGUGUUUGUUUGUUGUGUGCCUCUAUACAUAUAAUAUAUUUAUAUAUAUGUAUAUACAGAAUCAACAUGUGUGUAUAAACGCCGAAGAUGGUUUUCUUAGGACUCCAGCUAGAUACGGAUUUCUCGUCGUCGCGACUCUCACGGUCGGUUGUAAUCGUCAGUUGCAGUUACGAUAUCCAAGAGAAAUUGAUCGUUACGCUACUGAUUUCUUUUUUUGCACUUUUUUCGAUUCUUUCCAUCUGUCGUAAGAUUCUAAUCUCUCUAGAUAUGUUCGUAGAUCAUGUGAUUUGCACGGAAUAUCUAGCGUUUUUCUUUUUUUUUGAAGUACUAAUUAAAGGAGUCACGAUCUAGCAUGUCUCUUAGCUUUGCUAAAUAAAAUGUUCUCUUUUCUUCGCUUCCCUCUAUAUUCUGUCUUCUUUUUUAAAGUAUUCUUGCAUUUUCUCUCUCUCUCUCUCUCUCUCUCUCUCUUUCUCUCCUUUCCUUUCAAAGCGUCUACACAGAAUCACGCGAUCUAUCCUUAUGCGUUAAAGGUACUAUCCACUACAAAAUGUAUCUUAGUUAACGUUAAUAUAAAAUGUUAUCUUAUAUCUACGAUAAUACUAAUUUGCUCUCUCUCUUUUUUACUAGUGGAGGGGCGCGGCUUAAGUGCACCCGCGAGAAAUAAAAACACUCCUGUGGGCACAAUCGAAUACAAAAAUUAAUUUUCUCUCGUGUACAGCGCAGUCCUUUUGGCAGUACGGAUGGAGGACAAGAAUCCCGCGGCGAGCGCGGAGAACGAUCUUAUCGCGGCGAUAAAGUGCUCCUACUGUCGCACAUUUUUAGUCGCUACGUAUCAAAUGACGAAGAAGUAAUUAAACGGCAGCGGAUAAGAGACUAAUUAAUUUCAUGGAUCGACCAAUUAGCAAAGUGAUGCAUCCUUGCUGAAUAUUUAAUAUUUAUUUUCAUAUUCGUUUCGAUCACUGGCCUACGAAAAAAUCCAUUUUCUCGUAAUCUCUGUCUCCAACCGUUCUUUCGAAAAAGGACUCUGCUUUAUUAAUGCUAUCGUCGUCGCUGUAGGAUCUUUUGAAGAAAGAUAUCGCCGAUUUCAAUCACCUCCUGCAAAGAAAUCAUCGGCGGAAAAAUCAUCUCCCUUUAGCCUGCUCUUCUACAAAAUUGUUUUCACGAAAAGAAGAAAACAGAAACGGAACCGAGUACUCCACACACACACUCUCCCAUCUUAACGCAAAUAUAUCUCUCAUUAUAUCACAGACUAAAAAAUGCUUUGGUCUAAAAAAUUGUCUUGAUCUUUCCUUCUUUUUUUUUCUUACCGAUUUUUGUUAAUUAGAACGAAUACGCAUUUCGCAUUUAUGUGUUCGCUUCGCUGCCAUCGAUAUAUGAUUAUUUUCGUUAAUUUUAUCCUGCGGGAUCAGCGAGUUUUCACGCCGAUCUUCGUUUUUCUUGAUACCAGAAGAAUUAUAACCACCGCGGCUUUUGUGUCUCGAUUACAUAUUAAGAACUUUCGAUUCUGAAAUGAUGGCUGACUUCGUCGCUGUGUCGUGGUAAAAUGAGAAAAAAAACCCCCUUCGGCGCGAUGUAACUCAACAGUGAGAUUCGCAAAGCAUUUCUUUCGUGUUAGUCGGCAUGCGGUAGAACUCAAGCCAUUAGCACCCUUGAUUCUCGAGAUUCUAAGUGAAAAAAUCGAUCCAAGUGGAAUUUUAAGGCGUUUUUACGAUAGUAGUCCCUAGUCGGUUGUGUGUGUAUACAUUGCGAAUGGCCUUAAAAUCGUACUUGUACAAAAAUAUAAACGCAAAAAUCAACGAGCUUCUCUUAGUGAAUAUUCUUUUUCUCUCUUUCUCUUUUAAUACGUUAUUAAGAUCGUAACAUUUUAUAGUACUCUACAAUAUUACAACAUGUGAUAUCUCUUACAAGGUACUUACGUUACGAGUAACCCCACAGAUUCGUUCUUUACUCUUUCAUCAUUAGACUUCAGCAAUUACCGCGUAAGAUGAUAAAAUAAAUAUCGUGUCCAUAAUAAACGUUAAUCAUUGUAUGGACACCUGCUUUUAUCUCUAUCUUUUCUCUUUUAAGUCUUAUCGAUUACAAUAAUUAUCAUCAGUGAGAAAAAUUCAACCGGCUUCACAAUCAACAAAACUAAACAAAAACUCCUCCCGAUAAUGAAAGAAUAUUAAAUGGUUCCUAUUCUUCUCGAGAUGUAAAUGUUACAAAAAUAAAAUUAUAUUUGACUUUGAAAUAAAUGUGCUCUGCCUGACACGUUUCUCGCAAUCGUACGAUACACGUCGUUUAUAUUGGAUAGAUCUCAAGUUGCCUUAACGAUUUAAAAUGACACAUCCUUGUUUGUUCAAUAUCUGUUCUUGCGUUAAUCGCUAUAAAACUUGACACUUUAAAUACAAACAAGAGUUUAGCAAUCUUUGCAACAAAUAUAUAUAUAUAAAUAUAUAAAAUAUAAGUACAUUUUUAUAUAUUCGUAACUGAUCAAUUUCAUAAACUGUAAAUAUAUCAAAAUAAGCAUCCAGUUUCUCGUUAACGGCAAAAAUGUACCCUAAUGCUGCAUACACGAUGAAAUGAAUGGAGGACAAUCAAAUGGAAAUCUUCCAUUGCAAACGAACACGUUAAAUAUAAAGUGAACAAGAUACGCGAUUAUUUCAUCGAA